AGUAGUAAGAACAAUCCACUGCCGUAACAAACGUCUUGCGGCACAAUGCAAAUCUAGUAGUAAGUGGCUCUCAUCGACCACGGCAUCUUUCAGUAAGUCUGUUUUAUCAGGGUGCUACAGGCUUGACAUUUCACUUUAGAGCGCGGAUGGCUUCCUUGCUAAACGAGAUUCCUCGAGAGUCCCUCCAAAAUUUGCUUUCCUCCGUAAGGGUAUACACUCCGCCUUUCGGAUAUCACAUCUCAGCCGAAGGUUAUGCUCCUGCAUCGCUACUUUCAUCCCUCAGCCGCGGAGAUGUCAUAGAGGUUCAGGGUCCUGCUUCAUCAGGGAAAACCCAUCUCUUGUAUCAUUUCGUACUGCUCUGCAUUGCUCCGUCAAGGGAAAUGUCCAUCGACUUUGGGGGGAAUGGAUUGGCUGCAGUCGUCUAUGACACAGAUGCAUCAUUUGAUGUCGCAAGACUUCAUCAGUUGCUGUUGACACGUUUGUCGCUUGUUCUCCCUCACAACAUCGAGAUGGCACGACGUUUAACCGAGGAAUCGCUGCACCGUCUACAUGUCUUUCGGCCAACUUCGCUCCUCCAACUCGCCACCAGUCUUCUACAUCUCCCAUCGUAUCACAAGGUCUCCAUACCAGAACAUGAAAUUGGCCUUCUUGCCGUGGAUUCAAUGAGCGCAUUUUAUUGGACCGACCGUUUCAUCGCAGAGCAGAUGCGCAACAUGCCCCAAAGGGAGCCACACCCUUCAUCGGCAAACCCACUCCAGCAUGUGCUCACGGCACUUGGGCGACUUCGCUUGUCUCAUGCCCCUUUCAUAAUAUUGACUAAUUGGGGUUUGAAUCUCGCCUCGCGAUCCAGUGGACCGGUGACGUUUUACAAGCAACACUUACAUUCAUUCCCUGUUUACUCUGGAAACCAUGACGCGAACGCUCCGCCCAGUUCGAUGGUGGGCGAUCUUCCACCAGUGCCCAUGCCGCUUCCCCUUACGCACCACAUUACCUUAUCCCCGGUGUCCAUACCUCCUUUUGCCCCAGAGAUUUCCCUGCGUGAUGCCGUCCAACAGGAAAUAGAGUAUCGCAGAAGUAUGGUACAAAAGGGAGAAAUUACAGGUCUUGUCAGGACUAUGGGAAGGCAAGAGAUAACCCGUUUGACUCUUUGCAUCACACCUGAAAACGUUCAUAUCGGGCACUUGUGAUGCAUUUUGUAACUUCUUUAAUUGUUAGUCCGCUGAUACUAAGGUAUUUGACACUUUGAUGUAUGUUACAUACGGUUCGAUUAAGUACUUCCCCUUGCGUAGGGGAUAUAGUAAUUAAUGUAAGUUGUG